AUGGACGCAGAGAAGACGGUGGACUGCGUAGGCAUACUGCUGGCCGUAUUCUUGCCUCCGCUGGGCGUGUUCCUCAAGUUCGGAAUCAAGCUGGAGUUCUGGAUCUGCCUCCUCCUCACCAUCAUUGCUUAUAUCCCCGGCAUUGUCUACGCCGUCUACGUCCUCCUCAAGUGA